AUGGUAAGCGUUUGACACGUGACUCCACCUCGUCCGUCGUCCCGCAACCCGGGGCUUCUCCAUCGUCGCCGCUGAUCGGGAGUCUUUGCUCUGCGGGGAAACAACGCGUCCUGCGCUCGGCACCAUGGACUUCAACGUCAGGAAACUGGCCUGUGACGCUGGACUCUUCUUCAACCGAGCGGUGCAGUUCACAGAGGAGAAACUGGGCCAGGCUGAAAAGACAGAACUGGAUCCGCACUUGGAGAACCUCAUCACUCGAGCUGACGGAACCAAGAACUGGACUGAAAAGAUCCUGCGGCAGACAGAGGUUCUCCUGCAGCCCAACCCAAUCGACCACACAGGUGCUCGCAUCGAGGAGUUCAUCUAUGACAAGCUGGACAAGAAGCUUCCCUCCAGGACGACCAACCCUGAGCUGCUGGGUCAGUACAUGCUGGAGGCCGCCAAGGAGUUUGGGCCAGAAACCCCGUACGGCAGCACCCUGAUCACAGUGGGAGAGUACCAGAAGAGGCUGGGAGGAGCUGAGCAGGAGUUCCUCCAAACCUCAGCCGCCACCUUCCUCUCUCCUCUGCGCAACUUUCUGGAAGGAGACUGGAGGACGAUAGCAAAAGAGAAGCGGCUUCUGGAGAACCGGCGGCUGGAUCUGGAUAUCUGCAAAGCUCGCCUGAAGAAAGCCAAGCAGGCAGAGGCCAAAGCAGCUGCUGCACCUGACUUUCAGGAGACGAGGCCUCGAAACUAUGUCUUGUCAGCCAGCGCAUCAGCGCUGCUGAGUGAGGAGGUGGACAAGGCAGAGCACGAGCUGCGAGUGGCGCAGACGGAGUUCGACCGGCAGGCCGAGGUCACCAGGCUGCUGCUGGAGGGCAUCAGCAGCACACACCUCAACCAUCUGCACUGUUUGAGGGAUUUCGCAGACGCCCAGGCCACUUACUACGCUCAGUGUCACCACUACACGCAGGAGCUUCAGCGGGAGCUGAGCCGAUGUGCCAACGCUGCCGGGGCCCCCCCCUCCUCCUCCUCCUCCUCCGCCGCCGCCUGCCCCGGCCCCGUCUCCUCUGCCUUCCUGCCCGGACAGUCGCCUCCCGAGGCCACGGCUUCCUGCCCCGGCACGCAGCUGCCCGUCACCGGCAGCAGAAAGGCCAAGGUCCUGUACGACUACGACGGCCACGACGGCAGCGAGCUGUCGCUGAAGGCUGACGAGCUGAUCACAGUUUACACGGUACCAGGCAUGGACCCAGACUGGCUGGUUGGACACCGGGGAAACGAGAAGGGCAAAGUUCCCGUCUCGUACCUGGAGCUGCUGAGCUGAUGGAGCCUCGGCGCCGGCCCGCCGGCCCCGGAGCAGUACACCCAGUCACACUCAGGCCUCUAGUCCCGUGUGACUGCAGUCUGAUCCCUGAUGUGGCCUCACCCCUGAGUGUGUGGUGUGCGUUUGUCACCUUGCAUCUUUUCCGUUAAAUCAGACAGGAAGCAGAAGCGUUGCCAUGUGACAGACGAUCCACAUGCUGCACCUCGUUCUGUUCGCUUUGUUCCCAUUAAUGUUCCAUAAAUACCACUGAUGCUUCUUCAUAAUAUGUGAUCCUGUUUUACGCUCCGUCCUCAUGUUACUGUGACUCUAAAGUGUAAAAACAAUAAACAGUGUUUCCCUUUAA